UAUUGUUACAGUUGCUGGUGUCCUGCCUAUUUCGAUAAACCGUGGAUAUGUGCAACUUAUGCAUGGUUAGUUGUGUACAAAGUGUAUUUCUCCAGCUUGGACGCUAGUUUUGAGAAACAUUGGAUAUGUGCAGGGACAAUAUGCGAACCAUUUUUCUUCUGUCUGAAGUCCACUAACAGGGUUAUACUUAACAUUGGGAUUUACUGCCCUAUUUCCUUAUGAAGAAGACAAAAUAUGCACAGACCAGCAGAAACUGUGCGUGAAAGAUGGUAUAAUGUGUACAGUAUUUCAGAUUUGGAUAACUGCUUUUAUCUACCCUUGUUUAUUCUUUUGCUUCACUUUUGUGGAACGUUCAUGUGGAUUGGGAAAUGUUAUAACCGAUGAUGUCAACACAAUUCCCAUUCUGAAAGGGAAUAUACCAAAUGACUACAUUAUUAAAGUGCGCUAUGUUCCUCAGUCAGAAGAAUUGAAUGACAUAUGUUGGUUGAUGCUCAACAUAUAUGAACUGCAAUUAAGCUUAAACAGUCUUGCUGCUAAGUUUGCUGAAACCUCUUCCAACAGAGACAAUAUUACAGUUCUUAUAGACAUGGUGACGAAAAUGCGGAGGCCCUUUCAAUAUGAGGAAGAGGUAAUUGAUGAUUACCACUGUCAUUAUCAAGACGGAAACUUCAAUACCAGUGUCUAUUUUGACUAUUUAAAAAAAAUGAUUGAAACAUAUGAAUUACAUGAGAGGCAGUUCAUCUCUUCUGACUGUGUGUCUCCCCCUUGUCCUGCGAGUGAAACGACAAGAUUAGUGGCAGGCUCCAUUACCAUCUCCACUGAGCUGUUGAUAAUGAAUACAACAACUUGUGUGUCUGCAAGUGACUGCAAUACACAGGAAACAAGACAUGGUAAAAACACUGAGGUUAAAACCAAAGGGGCUGAAAAACUACACAUACCACUCUACAUGUUACUUAUAAUACCAGUUGUGGGCAUUUUGUUGUUUUUGACAUGGAAGCAUACACAAAAGAGAAGAAUGAAUACACAAACAAUACAAGAUAAUGAAACAUUGAAUGCUCAAGACAAUGUAAAUCAAGAAGAUCCUGCAGCAGAAAAGGUCACAUUACAAGCUGUUGUAGAACUAUAGUUCUACAGGGUGUAGAUGUUGCUAAUAAUACUUGGGUGACAUUAUACAUGUUGCUUCCUGAUGAAGCUGUUUUAUAUAAAUCCACUUUUAUCUGGAGCAAAGGACUAUAGUUAGAUUCUUGCUCUGUUGAACUGCUUUUAGAAACAAGAGUCUGUAAGACUAGCACCUCUGAGUGAAUGAUAUAUUCUGAGCAAAAUGGAAGUUAGCCAUAGUUACCAGCAAACUUGCUGAAACAAUUUUCUAAAUGCAAGCAAACUACAAGUUCCAAAUGCUUUAAGCUAUGAUUCAAGCAAAAGAUAUCUACACACUGGUUCAAGAGGAGACAUCGCAACAAGGACUAUUGUGAAAACAAAGACUUUUAAAUUAUAAUUGGUGAAGGUUUUAGAGUUUUAUCAGAGAGAAUGUGUAAAUAUUGAUUUUUGUACUGGUGAAGAGUGGGUGAAGUACCUCUGAGUGUUAGAUAACGGUUUCAAAUGUAUGUUAAAAAAAAACAGCAAAAGCUGCUGGUUGGCACAUUCUGCAUCACUAAUGUUGUAUAUGCACUUUUAAAAAAAAAAAAAUAUAUAUAUAUAUAUUUUAACAACAUUCUUGAGUUGCCUUUUUAGUGUUCCGCUGAACAUGGAGCCUCACUUCUGCCAACAUUAUAGAAACUAGUCGUUUUGCUUUGGUGUCUGGUUAUACCAGUAUCAUCAGUAUGAUGGUUGAUCAUUACCUCCAUUGACUCUUAAUUUCUCACCUCUCACAGUGCAAAUUUCAUUAACCUGAGAAUAUUAUGCAUACAUUCUGAUACCAAGAUUGCACAUCCUCUGUUGCAUGUGGUUGUCUAUAGUGAUGUUUUUCUUCUCAAGUAGUAUGCAAGUUAUUGAACUGAGGGCCAUUUACUUAAAUGUCACUUCUACUGGCAAUGUGAGAUGUGGAAGUCAAAUAUUAAAAAAGGUUGUGGCUCCACUCAUCCAGUAAACAUUGGACUUGACUGUGCAUUUGACUUAUACCACCCCCAUUAGCAAAGACUUGCAGCCACUAUUGUUUUAUGAUCUGCAAGUACAGAGGGUGUAACUUCCUAUCUCAUUUCACUGUGGUGUGUAAAUUAUAUCAAACCCUAAAAUAAUAGAUAAGCACAGAAACUUUCUGGAUAUACUGUUAAAAAAACAUAGAUAGCCAUUCUUUAACUAUUAAAUGCUACAAAUUAUUUGCUUGAAUGUAAAAAUGGCAUUACAUUUCUAACAAGUAUAUUUUAUUACCUGAAGGCAACACAUCUAAACAGUUUCUAAAUGUUUUUACUGUCUAAAAU